GGCUUGGGGGUUGCCAAGGAGUAGCUGGAGCCCAACUUCCGCUUCCGGUCACUGAGGCACGAGGAUCCGGCGUUCCGACCUAGCGGGAAGAUGCGGCCUUUAACUGAAGAGGAGACCCGUGUGAUGUUUGAGAAAAUCGCAAAAUACAUCGGGGAGAAUCUUCAGCUGCUGGUUGACAGGCCCGACGGCACCUACUGUUUUAGGCUGCACAACGACCGGGUGUACUACGUGAGUGAGAAGAUGCUGAAGCUGUCCGCUAAUAUCUCCGGGGACAAGCUGGUGUCGCUGGGGACCUGCUUUGGAAAAUUCACCAAGACCCACAAGUUUCGGCUGCACAUUACGGCUCUGGAUUAUCUGGCACCUUAUGCCAAGUAUAAAGUGUGGAUAAAGCCUGGAGCAGAACAGUCCUUCCUGUACGGCAACCAUGUACUGAAAUCUGGUCUGGGUCGGAUCACUGAAAAUACUUCUCAGUACCAGGGAGUGGUGGUGUACUCCAUGGCAGACAUCCCUUUGGGUUUUGGGGUAGCAGCAAAGUCUACACAAGACUGUAGGAAAGUAGACCCCAUGGCGAUUGUGGUUUUUCAUCAAGCAGACGUUGGGGAAUACAUACGGCAUGAAGAGACACUGACUUAAAAUGAAGUCGUCAAGAAUUUAACAGCUGUGUGGAAGGGCCUAGCUUUGUUUCCUGUGUCUCUGCAGAUGCUUCCAUCAUGUGGAAUUUUGUCAACACUGUGACCUCUACAAGGACUUCUUAGUUUAAUACUCUGUCACUAAAAAGUGCAGGCUGGAUUCUUACUAUACAGAAAUGCCUCAGAAAUGGUUUCAAAUCUUUCUAUUUGUGACUAAAUAGAAUACUCUUAUUCUAUAUUUUAAUGUUUUUUUUUGGUACCAG